AGCGUGCGUGGCGCAAUGUUAGUCGAAAUAGCCGUGCUAGUAAGUCCUCAACAAAGCAAUAAGAUCACAACAACAAAUACUGCAUACAUAGCAACGUGGGCCCUUUGCCUGGAAUCGGUAAACUCCACAAGUUUUGACAACAACCCAGCGUUGCGUUGUUCAAAGAUGGCAAGCUUUUCCUGGUAGGUUAAAUAUGAGCCGGCUCGUGCUCGCCCCCUGGACCCUGAUUCACUUUCAUUUGACGUUCCGAAGCCGAAACUCGGGAUCUAGUCCGCGACAGAUGAUAGUCACCAUCUCAACAUUUCACUUGUUCUUCUAUUUCUUCUUCUUCUCUUCCCCACCCUUUCUCCGCACUCAGGAUUGAUGAGAGCUCAUAAACCGCCGUCAUGAUACGCACCUCUUGCGCCUGGGCCCGCGUGAGUUCACGGCGCACUGCGAACACACUUUCUCGAAACUCGAAUACCCAUACUGGCGCACGCUUCCCAGCCUCUCCUUCACAUGUUGUCCGUCGACACCACGCGUCGCAUCCCCCUGUGGGCCACAAAGCGCCGGACUCGACUAAGACGAUUCCUGGACCUAGCUGGUUGUGGCUCGAACCUAUCUAUGGACCUUUCCGUGCCUAUGGGCGCGUGCAGCAGAGGAGCCCCUACCGGACGCAGUUCAUCUCAUCGUUGGUGAUAUACUUUGUGGGCGACUUGGUCGCGCAGAGUCUUACGUCGUCACCUAAGGAGGAGGUGGUUGCGCAAGCAGACGAAGAGGUCGAGGAAAGGGGCUGGAUGCAGGAAUGGAGCGACAAUCGCGACUGGCAUCGCACUGGACGCGCUCUUAUAAUAGGGGGUAUCUCGAGUAUCCCAAGUUACAAGUGGUUCCUUUGGCUGGGAAAUAACUUCAACUAUUCCUCGAAGAUAUUGUCUUUGACGACAAAGGUCCUGGUCAACCAAGUCUUCUUCACCCCACUCUUCAACUCGUACUUCUUCGGCAUGCAGACCCUCCUGGUUGGCGCAACCCUCCCCGAGAUCAUCGAGCGCAUCAAAAACACCGUCCCUACGAGUUGGAUCAACAGCUGCAAACUCUGGCCCGCUGUCACAGCCUUCAGCUUCACAUACAUACCCACACAAUACCGAAGCAUCUUUGGCGGCGUUAUCGCUAUUGGGUGGCAGACGUAUUUGAGUUUGCUGAACCAAAGGGCUGCUGCUGUGGAGGAGGUCGAGCAUGUCGCCGAACACAAAGCCUCGGCACCUGCGCGAAUCAUGGAGAGGCGCCAAGAGCGCGAGCCAGACCGGCAGAAGUGUGCUGUUUAGUUGGAGAGGGAGAAGUUCGCAUUGAAUACGGCGUCUGGGAGUUUUCUUUUUUGCUUGCCGACUGAGCAUUGCAUAUUUUCCGAUAACACCAUAGGCUUUGACAGCCAAUUUCUUUUGUUAAGCCGAUAUACAUUGGGAAUG